AUGGAGAUUAUUGCGCCCGCCUUCGACAACUUUCGCUCUGCGCAGUGUGGCCAGGCCGUCGCAAAGGAGCAACUGCGCGGGGAAGAUGCGGUGAAUCAACUUGUGGAUGACGUCUGGGAGACUUUAGUGCUGGGAACAUUUGCGGAACACUUACGACUCGUGUCUACGUUCAAAAAUGAGCCCCAGUAUGAAUUGGGGCUCCGUUCGCCUCGACUCCUUCCAUCGUACACACAACCGCCACCGUCAUAUGAUGAUGCCAUUGCCGAUGUGCCCCCCGAAUACUCGACGCUGCCUCCGCUGGCCGAGCGACGGACGUCGGAUUACUCUGUCGCGCUUUCGACGCCCGCGACAAAGCAUCAUCGAAAGCCAAAUAAAAAUUCGUUCUGGAAAGACGGUGCUUUGAAUGUCGACAUUGAUUUUGAAAAUCACACGGGUGUCCGUGAACAUAAGAAGAAGAAACCCGCUGCUAAAAAGGCGGCUCCACCUCCACCUCCGGCAGAUACAGGAGGUGGCUCGGAUAAUGCGGGAGACGGUGAUGGUAGUGGUGGUGGUGGUGAUGGUGGCGGCGACGGAGGCGGCGAUGCGGGAGGUGGUGAUGGCGGUGGAGAUAAUGGAGGAGGUGGUGAUGAAGAUUGGAAUGCUUGGACAACAGCCGGCAGUAAGAAGAAGACGAAGAAAGAGGAAGAGGAGGAAGAGGAGGCACGCAAAGCCGCUGAAGCUUCCCCCGCUAACAAUCUCAGCUGGGCCGAUGAGGCCGACGGUGGCGGCGGUGGAGAUGACUGGGCUGGGUUCGCGACAGGCGACGAGGCACCACCCGGCGGGUUCCAGGAUGUUAGCCUGAAUGACGGGGCACCCCAGCUCGAUUUAAAUUUUGAUACCGGCCCCAAAACUGGAGGAACUGGUUUCAGCUUCGGUGGCUGGGGUAAAGACUGGAACACCGGUAGCAAAGAUGGUGGUGUCGGAGCCAUUGGCGAAAAAAGCACGAACCCAUGGGCUACGAAUGCUAAGAAGACCAAGACCCCUGGUGGGCAAAGACAAGAAGAAAAGAAGGGUCUUCUUGAUCCUGAGCCGGAGACGGAACGUCAACUUGAACCCGAACCCGAACCGCCAGCCGAGCCCGAGCCUGAGCCCGAGCCUGAAUCCGAACCUGAAGAAGAACUUCCGCCAGAUCCAACAAACGAGUCUUGGUUUACAGGCCUUUCUAAGAAGGAACAGCGGAAGGCAAAGAAGGAAUGGGAAAAGAAGGUGAAGGACGUGGAGGAGAGGAAUAAGCCGAUCAAGGAAGCUAAGGAAGCCAGAAAGGCUGCCAAGGAAGAGGCCGCGCGAAAAGCACAAGAAGAAGAGGAAGCCAAAGCCAAAGAGGCAGAGGCCGCUGCUGAACCUGACAAUGACUGGGGUUCAGGUUGGAAUGUUACCACCAAGUCCAAGGAUAAAAAGAAGAAAAUCGACCUCCUCGCGGAUCCAGAGCCUACUCCACCACCACCACCACCCGCAGAUGACGAUUGGAUGGGCAGUUGGGGUACUGCUGGUAAGAAGAAAGACAAGAAAUUGAAAGACCCCGAGCCAAUGAUUGAGGAACGGCCAGCGGAAACCAAAAAGGAAGAAGAAGAAUUGGCUGGCUGGAAUGUCCCGACUAAGGACAAGAAGAAGAAAAAGGGGAAAGCUGAACCAGAGCCCUUCGAACCAGAACCCCCUGCGGAGCCUGAACCUGACCCAGAACCUGAACCGGAGCCAGAAGCGGAGCCCGAGCCUGAACCCGAACCUGCUGCACCGCUGGAUCCAUUAUAUGACGACUGGGCGAACUUGUCCUCCAAGGAAAGAAAGAGGCGGGAGAAGAAACUGACCCAGAAGGGCCUCCCCAUUCCCGGAAAAGAUGGAUUUCAGCUUCCGUCGGAUAAGCCAGCAGAACCGGAACCAGACCCUGAGCCUCCUGCCGAGCCAGAGCCAGAACCUCAACCAGAUCCUGAACCUGAGCCUGAGCCAGUUCCAGAGGCUGAGCCUGAAAAGCCAGCCGAGGAAGACUGGGGUGGUUGGGGUGUCACUGUGAAAAAAGACAAGAAGAAAAAGAAGGGCAAAGAUGUCGAAGAACCGCCGCCACCGGCCCCUACUCCCCCCGCCCAAGGUCUAACCCCGGAACCUGAAGCUGACAACGACAAUGCCGAUGACAUCUGGGCAGAUGUGGCCCCCAAGUCAAAGAGUACCAAGAAGAAGGCCGUCGAACCUGCCAAAGAAGAAAAGCCUGCGUCGAAGGGCUUUUGGGGUGCGCUGAUGGGAGGCUCCGCGCCAAAGGCCAAGACAACCAAGAAAGCUGAAGAGAAGCCGACUCCGAAAGAAGAAAGGCCCGAGGAGGACCUUCUCAUCGACGUCGGAGAUGAUCCCAAGGAACCAGAAGGGGAGCCAGAGCCAGAGCCCGAACCUGAGCCCGAGCCGCCAGUGGAAAAGUCGAAGACGAAAACAUCCACUGCUAAGCUUUCUGUGGCAGAACGCAUCAAAGCACUCGAACAGAACAAAAAGGACAAACUCAAGGAAUCCUCCAAGACCAAGACCAAGGAGAAGAAACCAGAGCCGGAGCCUGAAGUGGUGCCUGAGCCAGAACCUCCAGCAGAAGAGCCUAAGAAGAGUUCCAAGUUAAAGAGCAAGUCUUCGAGCAAGGACGACCCGCCACCUGAGCCGGAAGAGGAGAAACAGCGUUCCAGUGACCUGCUUCCUGGUAGUUUCCCAGAUGAGCCCGCCGAGCCACCUGCAGAGCCCGAGCCCGAACCCGAACCGGAGCCCGAACCAGAACCUGAGCCUCCUGCUCCAGAUCUGUCAAAGAUGUCGAAGAAGGAGCUCAAGAAGUAUAAGAAAGCUCAGGCCGAAGCCGCAGCCGCAGCGGCUGCCAAGGAGCCUCCACCUCCACCUCCUGCUCCCGAGGAAUCACCCGCCGCCGAGCCUGAACCCGAGGCAGCGCCAGAACCAGAAUCAGAGCCCGUGGCUGCUCCAGCAGAGGAAGGUGCUCCUCCAACUCCUCCGCCGGAACCAGUUGAGGAGGCACCCAAGUCCUCUAAGAAAGACCGCUCGAAGGUGGAACGUACUGGUACGAACUCUGGAUGGGGCUUCUGGGGAGCUGCUCCGCCGCCAAAGAAGUCCAGUAAAAAGGAAAGCGAGGCGAUAGAUGAAACAGAGCCGCCCAAGAAGAAGGAGAAGGAGGCGGAGACGCUUCCAGCAAAGUCGAAAUCUUCCAAGUCCAAACCCAAAGAACCCGACGCAGAGGUUGAGAAGUCAUCCUCUGAUCGAGAGAAGCGACGGGAACGCGAGGAGAGACGUGAGCGCGAGGCGCGAUCAUCGAAGCAGCAACGUGCCGCCGCCAACCUAUCCAGUUUCAUGUUCGGAGCGCCGCCACCAAGAACGAAGUCGUCGCGCAGACCUGACGCCGCCGCCGUCAGAAAACCGCCAUCGAAGUCUGCGUCGAGACGGGCAUCCGAUGAUAUAGAUGAAGGUGCUAUGCCUUCACCUCCAGACGAGAAGCCUGAGGUAACCGAUAAGGCCGCCAAGCUGAUGGGCAUCAACGCGUCUAAAUCAAAACGGGAGCGGCCACGUGCAGAGAGGCGCAAGUCAGGUAAGACUGGAUUUCGUGGGAAGAGUCUCAGUGGAAACUAA